UAGCGUACUUUAUGCCUUGCAUUGCCACUGCAGCUCCUCCACAGAGUACAUUUGAGCCCCAGGUCUGGAUGUGGGUUUGACAUAAUCUGAACACAAGGCCAUCCUGGUGAAGGAGACGGCGGAGUGUGAGCUAAAGGUGCAAGAGGUGAACUCACUCAGAGGCGUCUUGGUGUCGAGGACCAUAAAAAUGGAGAGCUGAGAGCUCACAGAUCGGGAUUUACCCUGCAGGAGAGAGGACUAACCAAAUUAAUGGCAUAUCUAGCAAUAUGUGCGAUAUAUGGAGAGAAAGACGCUGGGGUGCACCUCUACUGGGUCAACCUGGGCAUCCUCUCCUCGGUGGGUCUUGGCACUGGUCUGCACACCUUCCUCCUUCAGCAGGAACCAUACAUUGCAUCUGUGAUGCAGUUCGGGAGUUCCCCAAACCACCCCAUCCACACCAAGUCAUCUGUUCAUCUGUCCCCAUGAUCAUGUACCUUGCUAGGCUCUGAUGCUUAGCAGGUGGGUGUGGAGUUAGACACCGCCCUGAGAAGCGCUUUUCUUUGGACCAUCAUUUCCAAUGUCCUUCUGGAAGCUUGGAUUUGGGGUGAAGGUACUGCUAUAUAGGAGAAUUCCUGCUUACUUCAUGGCACAGGGUGUGCAGCUGUCGGUUGUUGACCCUGAAGGUGAUGCCUACCAGAAUUUUGAGGGCUUGCUUGACAACAGGCUGACGGCACAGGAUUUUGCCUCCAGAGUAAAUGUGUUGAUGAGUGCAGAGAUGUGUCCACAAUAUUGGGUUUCUUGGAUUUAUGGCCUAUGCCAUAAACCAUAUCCUUUCUUGGUCUUAGAAGGAAUAUUGUGGACAUUUUCUGGUCCGUUCUGGAUUCUUUUUUCUUUCAUUUUUUGCUUCUCUCAUUGGCAAAUUAACAUGCUCAUUCAGAAACUGUUUGUGAUCGUCACCUUGAGCAGACACAAAGUGCAGAUGGUCCCUCUCAUUGGAUCUGUUCCACUGCUGGGUGCGGCACUGCAGAAGCCCUUCAGGGAGCACUUGGAGGCCCAGAAGGCCAAGCUGCACCAUCAUGCUGUAGAGGGGAUCCCAACUGAGGAGGACUGGAUGUCGUGGCUCUUUGAGAAGGUUGGGGUCAUCAUGGUAUGCUUCUUUGUUUGCUCCAUUGUCAACUUCAUGGCCCAGAGCUUCGCCAGCGCAGGACAAGGCAGAGUGACAGCAGUGCCAUCAACUUCAGAAGCUCCCACCACUCCUUUUCUCAUCACUGCUCUGCCUCCUGGCUGAUACCCCACCAUUAUCUGAAGUUUAAUAUCAGCCCCCAUCUGGUUUCUCUUUUGUUAUUGUAGCAACAUAUUCAUGUUGAACUUGGACUUCAUUUACUUGCGUUUAAAACAUUUUUGCAUUUGGUAGUGAUUUCUGCAGCCGUACUUUGUAAGGUAGGUGCUUGUUGGGUUACGUGAUUGUGUGUAAGCUGUUGUGAUGUUAAAGUGUCUCCUAUGUAGUUGGAGCUUCGAGCAACUCCUGGUCAUUUGAGAAGAAGCUGCUGGUAAUACUUGUAUUUAGUGAGGCUUAAGCUGCACUAUUUGAGUUUCAAUCACCAGAAUGCCCUUGAUUUUGUUUUAAACUAGGAUUUACGCGAGUAAUGUAUGAGUCCAGUGCGCUACUUGUUCAGCGGCAUGUUAAUUUGUGGUUUAUAUUUUAUUUUAUGAUAAAAGAGUUAAUGAUGUAA